UAUGGUGUAAUAGCAAGAACGCCCGCAAUUUUUUGCAGCGUCGGUAGUUCUUGGUUUUGUGAAAUAAACAUUUGCUCGCGGGUAGCACAUGUGACCCACAGCCCGUAGCCCCGGCACUUCGGCAUUUCUGGAAACGACGUGUCUCCAUCAUGAGGCGUCUCCGAACCAAGGUUCGUGGGCCAGCUCCAGCUAAGGGACGCACCCGUACAGGCCCUCGGCAGGAUACAGCUGCAUCACCUAGAUCAAAUCUGGCAGCUGCUAUGACCAUCCCUGCUGAAAGCACAGUAUCAUUGACACCGCAGGCCCAUAAAUUGGAUCGAGAUACGAGAGGCACUGCUUCAGGUCCACAAUUGGAUGUACCAGCCUCUCCUAGCCCAUUUCCUGCAGCUCUGGAGACCACUACGACGACACACACAUCUCAGUUGGCACACUCGGUGAACAAGCAGCAUGGAACUCCCGAUGUGGGCCCUGUUCCAGAGCGCAUCAUGCAACUGUGCAAGAGUAUCACAAACGAACAGUUGGUUUCAAAGUUACGAAGCAAGCACAGGCACGGUAGCAGCGAUAUUGUUACGGCCAUUAAUGAAGCUGGUUCCCAGAUGAGUCUGCCAGGGUUUCCCAGAAGUGACACAGUCGAUAUCUUGAGUUUUGUGCUUCCGUUUCUUCUGGCCUCUCAGCAACCCAAUGAAAAAUUCUCAUCAAAGAAAGGAAAUGAAGUCUUGUCCUUUCGAAAGACAAUUGCAAAGAAACAAGACAUUUCAUCAGAGAUGCAUUCAUUGGCUGCUGAAAAUAAAGGUUCCACGACUUCUGUGGACCCUCGCCUUCGCACAGAGCAUAAAAGAAUUGGAAGGCCACAUAGUUGCAGUCCUCAAUUUCCAAGGGUUCAGAAAACCUUGGCGGCAAAUGUCCGUGCUGCUUUGUCUCGUGACACUGCAGUCGUUGCUCCUGUGCGCAAUCUUGUCGUUGAGUUGGACAGGCUAACUGCAGAGGAAAUCUCUGCAUUCACUUCUCAUCGGCACCGGUCACCUGUCAAAAAUAGAACAGCUCAGGAAUCCAAAGAUGUUGGAUGCCGCUCCCAAGCGACAGAAUGGCCAACGCCAGUGCAUGUCACCCGUACCUCUGGCCCUGGGCAAUCGCAGAAACAGCCUUCAGUCCAUUCACAUUGUUUGAGAGAUACUGCUGACUCCAAAAGUGAUGCAAUGGACAUAGAAGGACCUGCACUUCACAAGCAGCCCCUGCAAGAUGACUCCCAGCUGUCUGACCAAGACGAGGAUUCACCAUCGCUGCUUGAAUCGAUGCCAAGUGGAUGUCUGCGAUCACUGCCAAGCUCAUCGCAGACAUCCUCCGAGGUCACGUUUAAGAAGCGCUUAAGCGUCAGAUUUGCAAAUCUUGUACACAAGGAAACUGCUGACUGGCCUGCCAACAAACAACUGCUACCAGCUCCUACUGCGUCAGAAAAGACUUCGCAAGUGCGAUGCCACAUUCCAUUACCUCUAGAUGUCGGAGAUUCGGUUGACCCUCGACUGUCCAAGGCCGGAGGCUCGAGCUCGCAGGAUUCGCCGCGAGGCACUGAAAGGCACAUCAUCCGGUCAGUCAGUCCCGACGCUUUGCCGCCGCCGCUGACUGGCCUGCCGACAACUGCUGACUGGCCUGCCGACAAACAACUGCCACCAGCUCCUACUGCGUCAGAAAAGACUUCGCAAGUGCGAUGCCACAUUCCAUUACCUCUAGAUGUCGCAGAUUCGGUUGACCCUCCACUGUCCAAGGCCGGAGGCUCGGGCUCGCAGGAUUCGCCGCGAGGCACUGAAAGGCACAUCAGCCGGUCAGUCAGUCCCGACGCUUUGUCGCCACCGAAGAAGCACAGGGUGCGGUUCACAGCUCUGCAAGAAGAGGCGCUCGUAUACGGCGUUAUGAAGUACGGCCGAGGAAGCUGGAAGGAAAUCAGCGAUGAUGGCUUGUUUGAUGGGCGCCGCACUAUCGAUCUCCACGACAAGUAUAGGAAUUUAGAAAAGUAUGGGCAUCUUCCGAAUGUCAAGAGACGAGUGAAGGACAUGCUGAGCGCUGGCGUGAAUCCCCUGAAGAAACUGCGUGCACUGUGCAAGCAGCAGCAAGCAGCAUCACUAACGCAUGGCGAGGGAAACUCUGUAAGCCAGCCGAAGGAGACACAAAGAGCUUUGCCAUCACUCAGGGGUCCCGAAAGGGCCAGCGCAGCUCCGUCUUCAGACAAUGCCUCUCUGGAACCAUUCCAGAACCGAACACAGGCUCAAAAUGCUACCAGCUUGCUAGAUACAGCUCGCAGCAGCUCCGACGGACCAUCGGCAUCGCAAGCACAUCCUGUUGCACUGGCUGGAUGGAGUUCAGAUACAGAGUCAAAUGUUUCACAAGAAAGUGUUCCGACCAAGUUCAAGGAGAAGCGGCGGAGAGUGCCCUUCACGCCGCUCGAAGAGGAGGCACUCGUGGCUGGUGUUCUGAAAUUCGGCAAGGGGAACUGGGUGCGCAUACUGACCGAAGGUGGCUUCCUCGGGAGGACAGGCACUCAGUUGAGCGACAAGUAUCGGAACUUGAAGCUGUAUCGUCAGCUGGAAGCAGUCGAGAAGGCUGUGAAGACUAGGCGCGCUAGGGGUGAGGACCCAUUGGAAGAGCUCCGCAAGCUAUCUGCCGCUCACUGGAAGCGCUGACAGUAGGUUAGGCAGGCAUUUUUAUACCUUUAAAAUUUUAUUUAUCUGCUUUAAAGCUGAGCUUUUAUUACUUGAAUAAAGGUUUUGAGACCUCACUGACGUGUGAUAA